AUGGGUACCUCAAGUAUAGCGGGUGCUUUCAUCGACGCCUUUCCCCUCAAAUUGAAUUAUUCUGCUGCCGAACUGUGCCCCUUUCCUCUGUUUCUGGAACAACAUGGUCGCUCCACCACGCACGUUUACGGAUUUACUCCUAUCGCAUUGGCGCGAUACCUCGUCAUCGUCCAUCGUCCAAAGGCUCCGCUGGAAGUCGGCGGAGGGGACCUGACCAUCGCCGAUGUCGUGGCAGUAUCGAGGCACCUGGCACGCGUGGCGCUCAUCCCGGCGUCCAUCGCCGCCAUCGAAGCGGGCAGCAAAGUCAUACCGGAGAAGCUCACCCAGGGCGAGGUCAUCUACGGUGUCAACACGGGGUUCGGCGGCACUGCCGAUGUACGGUCCGACGACGUCGAGGGAGUCCAGCAAAGCCUGAUCAGCCACUUGACGUGCGGCAUCGUCGCGGACGGCAAAACGGAGGAUACGGCCCUGGGCCGCAGUAAUGGACAUGCAGGCCGAAGCACGCCGAGGCCAUCCGUCAUCGCUGUGAGAACUCGAUCGGGCAGCUCGCGCAGAAACAGCAACGAGAAUCGGCGCGGCCACCGCAUCCCCCGGAAUGGCGCUCUCGCGGCUACUCGCAUGCCCCGAGGCAAGACAUCCGCCACGGCCUUCAGCGGCCGGCGCGAUGUCAAGGGGGCCAGAAGAGUGACGAGGGCCGACGCCGCCCUGUCGGAGGCCGGCAUAGCGCCCAUCGGCCUGCUCGCCAAGGAGGGCCUCGCCAUUGUCAACGGUACGGCCGUGUCAGCCGGGGUGGCUGCUCUUGCGGCCCACGAGUCCCUCCACCUCGCAGCCCUGUCGCAGGUGCUGACGGCCAUGAGCGUCGAGGCGCUGCGCGGCAGUGACGAGAGCUUCGAGCCCUUCAUCGCGCGGGUGCGGCCGCACCCCGGGCAGACGGACAGCGCGAGGAACAUCAAGGGCCUUCCUGGCCGGGGUCACGGCUGCUCAACCGGCACGACAGCCGCGACGUGGCGGACGCUGCGCCAGGGACCGCUACUCGCUGCGGACGGCGAGGCCAGUGGAUCGGCCCCGUGCUCGAGGACUUUGGCCUGGCCCACGAGCUGGGGCCUGCCGCCGAACUUGUGCUCCGAUGACGCCGGCACCUCGUUCCUGUUCAAGGGGCUGGACGUUGUCGUCGCCGCCCUCGCCUCGGAGCUGGGCUUCCUGGCCAACCCCGUCGGCUCGCACGUCCAGACGGCUGAGAUGGGCAACCAGUCCCUCAACUCCCUGGCGCUCGUGUCGGCCCGGUACACGCUCGAGGCCGUCGACGUGCUGUCCCAGAUGGCCUCGGCCCAACUCCUGGCGCUGUGCCAGGCCCUCGACCUGCGCGCCAUCGAGAUCGAGGGGCGCAAUGACGACGCUUUGCCGCCCAACGCGACGCCCUACAUCGGCCAGGCCUCGCGACGCAUGUACCGCUUCGUCCGGAAGGAGCUCGGUAUCCCCUUCCUGGCGAAGCGCACCUGGCGUCGGCGGAGGCUGUGA